AUGCUGUUUGUCACAGAGCCAAAAUUCGUAAAUAUAUCUAAUCCUCGCAAACUGCUCUCUCUCAUCUAGGAAUACGAACUAAAGUUUAGGCCAGACUCUCCUAUCACUCAAAAAGCCAUGGAAAGUAUGGGAUUGGAUUGUCAUCACUUCCGUCGAAAGUUUCAUUUGUGAUCUCACUCAUUUAGGAAUAAGUUCGAGUUGCGCUACGAUUUCGAGAUCCAAAAAAUACCAUACACUGAGGCAGAUAUGCAGAAGGCCUAUCUCAAUUACAUGAGGGAAUUGAUCAGUACCUAUCAUAUCUAUCUAUCAAAUAGUGGAUUACCAGAAUCUCUUUGACAAUAGAAAACGCAUUAAGAUUGAUUUUGAGAAGAGACAGAGGGAAGAAGACGAACUCAGAGGCUAGUAAAUUCAUAUUUCAAACUUAGUAAGUGGCCUGAACCUGUUGUAACCAAAAAGUGGUUUCUCAAGCAAAUUGAAACCACCACUUUAAAUAAAAAAUUGGAAUUGAUAGAAGAGGAAAGAUGUAAGGAACAAAAAAUUAAUGAUUGCUUUGCCAAAGAGGCCAUUAAAUAAGAGUUGGAUCGUCGACUCAAAAUUCAAGAGAAUCAACAAAAGGAAGAGAGACUUCUAGUCUCACGUAAGGAGACCUUCGACAAUCUAAGGAAGAAGGCAGCCUCAGAAAAUAAAAAGGUUUAUGAAAAAUUAUAAACUCAUUAAUAAAAAAUCAGAAAAUAAUUAGAGAAAGAUUUCCGUACUUCUAAAUCCAUUCAAGAAAAGAUGGAAGCCAAGUAACAUGUCAUAUAUAGUAUUUUAUAGAGAAUUGUCAAUUCAAUAAAAACGAUCCAAAAUGAUAUCUGAAAUCGCUUCUCGCAAUCGUAAAUUAGAAGAUAAAAUUAAUCAUUUUAAGGAUGAUUUUGGUAAUCGGUUGAUGGAAGAUCUAGUGAGAAAAUAACAUGCGCUAGAAUUAUCAAUGAGUAAACGAUAGAAAACAGCAGAAUAGAUGGAAAAAAAUAGACUAGAAAAACAAUAGUUUUUUGAAUAGAAAUUAAGCAACAUCAAUCUCAAAAUAAAACAAGAAAGAGAAGAAAAGGAAUCUGAAUUAUUUAAUAAGGUUGGGUAGAAAUUAUCAAAGACAGAAAAAUUGUUAGAAGAACAUGAUAAAUUGGUAAUGAAAAUGUGGUAGGAUAAAAAGAAGGAAACACAAUCUAGAUUUUCAAAGUAGAGAGAAAGAUAUAUGUAAUCAGAAGGAAAACAAUAGGAAAAAAUAGAAGAAUUGGAUGAGAAAUUAUAAAGUAUCUAAGAUAGAAUUGAGAAGUUUUAAACCAAAAAAAGUGAGGAGUGGAAAUCUGUCAAGGAACAAAAGAUUUAAAAUCACAAAGAACAUUUAGAAUUUCUUCAAUAUCUGAAGAAGAAGAAGGAAGUAAUGAAUAUUAUUAAAAAUUUAGGAUAAAAAUCAAAAGCAAUAUUUGGAACGAUAAAUUAUGGUUUCGAAUAAACUAAAGAAAUUGAAAGAUGAGUAAGAGUAUGUUAGAACCUAUCAAACUGCUUCUAAGCAGAGAUUUGAACAGAAUACUUUGGCUUAAAUUGGAGAAUUGGUAAAUUUGAAGUACUCCUCAUCUGUUAAAUUGCUCAAGUACAUUUAAUUAUCAUUAUUCUAUUAGCAAAUUGAAAGAUCUAGAAGACGAAGAGGCAUUUAAUGAUAUUUAAUAGAAAUACAAAUAAAUCGUCAAAGUUCCAGAAAAAAAACCUGUAGAAUGA